AUGCUUGACUUUUUAAUUUUAUUUCUUUUCGACAUUCCCUUUUCAUUCUUUUGUUCUUGCAUUAUUAUUUUCCUUCCUUCCUGCCUUCCUCUCUUCCUUCCUUUCUUCCUUCCUCCCUCCCUUCCUUCCUUCCUUCCUCCCUACCUUCCUUCCUUCCUUCCUUCCUUCCUUCCUUCCUACCUUCCUUCCUUCCUCCCUACCUACCUUCCUUCCUUCCUUCCUUCCUUUCCUUCCUUCCUUCCUUCCUUCCUUCCUUCCUCCUCCUUCCUUCCUUCCCUUCCUUCCUUCCUUCCUUCCUUCCUUCCUUCCCUUCCCUCCCUUCCUUCCUUCCUUUCUUUCUUCCUCCCUCCCUCCCUCCUUCCUUUCCUUCCUUCCUUCCUUCCCUCCUCCCUUCCUUCCUUCCUUCCUUCCUUCCUUCCUUCCUUCCUUCCUCCUCCCUUCCUUCCUUCCUUCCUUCCUUCCUUCCUUCCUUCCUUCCUUCCUUCCUUCCCUUCCUUCCCUCCUUCCUUCCUUUCUUCCUCCCUCCCUUCCUUCCUACCUUCCUUCCUUCCUCCCUCCCUUCCUUCCUUCCUUCCUUCCUUCCUUCCUUUCUUCCUUAAUCUUGUUUUUCCCUUUUAUCAUUUUUUCUUUCUUUCCUUCUUUCAUUCUUUCCUUCCUUCUUUCUUUCUUUCUUUCAUCCUACUUUUCCUCAUAUUUUUAUUCAGUUUUCUCGACCGUUUUUACUUCUUUCUUUCUCAUAUAUAUGUAUAUAAAUUUCUUUUGUUUGUGUAUUUUUUUUUCCUUCCUUCAUUUUUCCUCAUUUUACUUCUUUCUACUUUCCUUUUUCAUUUCCUUCCUUCCUUAAUGUUGCUUUUCCUUUUGUCGUCUUUUUCUUUCUUUCUUUCUUUCUUUCUUUCUUUCUUCCUUUCUUUCUUUCUUUCUUUCUUUCACUUUUCCUCAUAUUUUUAUUCGUUUUUCUCUUUCUCAACCUUUUCACUUCUUUCUUUCUUUCUUUCGCAUUUAUACAUGUAUUUAUUUUCCUGUUUUCAUUCUUCCUUUUUUUGCUUAUCGUCGGCCUCUUUAAUUCCUUCUUUCUUUCUUUCUUUCUUUCUUUCUUUCUUUUUCAUAUACAAAUAUAUUUAUUUUCCUCCAGGUCCAAACAUUAUAUUUAUUACUUUUAUUAAUGUACUUUUUUCUUCUGACAAGUUAUCGCUUCUUUUCUUGUUGUUCGUUUCUUAUUUUAGGAACUUCACCAAAACCAGUCAUUUCAUUGGUUUAGGUCAUUUGAAUAUUGAACGCGUCAUUAUCUCAACCAAUUGA